AUGUCUGAACACGACUCGAUUGCAUACACACACUCUGGAUCACCGAACAACGGCCAUGCUGAUUACCUGUUCUUCGAGAGGUCCACCGUCGGAUACUCAAAGCAGACGCUAGAUAAAAGUACCGCUGCCAAGUUGAAGCUACAGCACUACUACAAAGUAAUAGUCGAGCAAGCCCAAGAGAGAAAGAAGAGACUCGAUGAACUAGAACACCGGCUGGAGAAUGAAAAUUGUUCUGAAGAGAGAAAGAAUAGACAGCGCAGUCAAUACGGUAGGAAAGAGGCGCAAUUUUUACGACUGAGAAGAACGCGACUUGGCUUGGAAGAUUUUGUCACUCUCAAAGUCAUUGGCAAGGGAGCUUUUGGUGAGGUUCGAUUGGCGCAAAAAACAGAUACCGGUAAAAUAUAUGCAAUGAAAACACUACGGAAAGCCGAAAUGUUCAAAAAAGAUCAGCUUGCCCACGUUCGUGCCGAGCGCGAUGUGUUGGCCGAGUCUGAUUCUCCUUGGGUAGUACAACUUUUCUACUCCUUUCAAGACGCCCAAUAUCUAUACCUUAUCAUGGAAUUCUUGCCCGGUGGCGAUUUAAUGACAAUGUUGAUUAAAUAUGAUACCUUCUCGGAGGACGUAACAAGAUUUUAUAUUGCGGAAUGUGUUUUGGCUAUCGACGCUAUUCAUAGGCUGCAUUUUAUCCAUCGCGACAUCAAACCGGACAAUAUUUUAAUUGACAAAAGGGGACACAUUAAAUUAUCGGAUUUUGGUUUAUCUACUGGCUUUCAUAAAACACAUGAUUCUGCAUACUACCAAUGUUUGCUGGAUGGAUCUUAUAGUGGGCCAAAUGGACAUAGACAGUUAGGAAGUGAACAUAAUAUUAAUCUGACUUUGUCGAGCAAAGAUCGUAUCGCUACAUGGAAGAAGAACAGGAGGAAUUUGGCUUUUUCAACAGUGGGAACACCAGACUAUAUUGCACCAGAGAUCUUCCGACAACAGGGAUACGGAAAAGAAUGUGAUUGGUGGUCUUUGGGAGCUAUAAUGUUUGAGUGUCUUGUUGGAUACCCACCAUUUUGCAGUGAGAAUGCUCAUGAAACUUAUAGAAAGAUUGUCAACUGGAGAGAACAACUGUACUUCCCAGAUGACGUUCAUUUGAGUAAUGAAGCCGAGGAUUUGAUAAGAAGACUGAUCACCUCCCCAGAACAGCGACUAGGGCGUCAUGGAGCAGAUGAAAUCAAAUCACAUCCGUUCUUUGCAGGAGUCAACUGGGACACAAUUCGUCAGAUAGAGGCUCCGUUUGUACCACAGUUGACAUCGAUUACUGAUACCAGUUAUUUCCCGACAGAAGAUUUGGACAAGGUUCCCGAACAGCCUCCUGUGAGCGUUCCAUCAGAUACAGCAGAAGUCAACCAGAAAGAUCUUGCGUUUGUUGGUUAUACAUUUAAGAGAUUCGAUGAUUUAACUCGAAAAAAUGCGCUUUAA